CUCCGUGGUUCUAUGUGGGGCGUUCAGCUCGGCGGCGGCGUCGCGCUCACCAGCUCCAGGAAUGGACUGACUUUCUAAGCCUCACCGCUGACAAACCCACUGUGUUGUUUCUCCGGGAGUCCUCGCUUGAAGGGACAAAACCGUUGAGAGUUGAAGUGCAGCCUGGGCAGAGAACUGGAGCUGAGUCUGGUCUGACUGAACACACUGAUUGGAUCCGAUCAGUCGCGAGACUUGUUUGUUGGCGUCGGACCGAACGGAAUUCAACUUAAACGAACCCGCAGACAUUUUGUUGUUUCUGACUAUUAGACCGCUUUACCUCCUACUUUUUAAUACCGGCGUAGUUUUGAGCCGAAAGGACAGGAGCAAGCAGCCUUCAGGAGCCAGUAGAAGCCGAAGGGAAGGGAGCGUCACCCCGGACCCGCGGUGCUUCCAGCUCCAACCGCUGAGCUCGUGCGUGAAGGCGGAAAGCUGAACCAGCGAUGAAUCAUUUUGACUGACAGCUUUUGAAGAAUUAGCUAGCAUAGCCGGCGAGGACCCAGCAGUGAUGGUGCUUUCCUGUUGACACACUCAGUAAAUACGGGGUCGGGACAGGUACAGUGGCUGAAUGGUUUUGCAUCACCCCAACAACAGACCGAUUAGAUUACCUCUCUGACGGCUGCAAAGUGCAUCACUUCUAUUCACCUUUUUUUUUCUUUUUUAAAUUUGUUUUUUGGAAGGGGGGUUCGCUAGCUACAGUAAGCUAGUCAUCCUGCUAACGCUGGACAGCUCCAGUUAAAAGGCAGGGCUAGGCUUUGGACAAAGGACCAACGCAAGGAAAAAUAUAAACACAAGGCUCACAGUUCAUCGUGUUGAGGAGGAGAGCAACAAACAGGGAACUGACAUGAUGUUUCCACAAUCCAGACACUCAGCUUCAUCACAGCAGCUGAAAUUCACAACCUCUGACUCCUGCGACAGGAUCAAGGAUGAGUUCCAGUUUCUUCAAGCACAAUACCACAGUUUGAAGCUUGAGUGUGACAAGUUGGCCAGUGAGAAGUCAGAGAUGCAACGCCAUUAUAUCAUGUAUUAUGAGAUGUCCUACGGGCUCAACAUUGAGAUGCACAAACAGGCUGAAAUCGUGAAGAGAUUAAAUGGGAUCUGUGCACAAGUCCUGCCCUACCUGUCUCAGGAGCACCAGCAGCAGGUCCUGGCAGCCAUAGAGAGGGCCAAGCAGGUCACCCCCCCAGAGAUGAACUCCAUCAUAAGGCAGCAGCUCCAGGCUCACCAGCUGUCUCAGCUCCAGGGUCUGGCCCUGCCCAUGACCCCCCUGCCGCUGGGCCUGAGCCAACCAACCCUCCCCGCCGUCACCACCUCCUCUGGCCUCUUCUCCCUCUCCUCCCUCCUGGCCUCCCAAGCCCAGCUGGCCAAGGAGGAGAAAGCGUCACGUGACGGAGUCGACAGCCACCGCGAGGAGGAUGGAGACAAGUCUGAUUAGAUGGCGUUCCUCUCCGUGCUCUGUUUUCCAGAGACCUGUAUCCCCCAGAUCCGUGCCCCUCGGCCUACAGCCUCUCCCCUGGUCUCCCUCUGUCUAAUCUUAGCUAACAUGGGCCACAACCCCCCCACCCCCACCCCCUCCACCACAGCUUCAGAUCCCUUCGAACUAGCCCCCUACAUACUACAGCCCAGCUCCUCGACAUCCAGCCUUUUGUUGGGGCUUUGACAUCCAUCCCUAAUUUCAGUUUAGUCCUGAUUUCUUUUCAUUUCAGACAGCUGGGUAUUUUUUAGCCUGCUUCCUUCUAUUUACCAUCAGAGUGUUUCCUAUAUCCUCCCAUCUUUUUGCCUGUGAUUAAGCUUAGUUUUUAUAUUUUUUUGUAUCAGGACUACUUUCUGUCUGUUCUAUUUCUGAUCUUUUGUCACUAUCUGUUCUCGUUUCCAAUUCUUUUUCAUCCCUCCCACUCUCCCCACUCCAGGUCCAUGUUAAGCAGGACUGAUCAACGUGAGACUGAAUGCACCCGACUUGUACCGUAGGUGUUAAAAUAGACUAAAAGAAAAAAAAAAAAACAGGGAUUCUUUGGCAGAGACGUAAAACUUGUCAGACAUAACACAGGAUUCUUGCAAAAAUUCUCCUUCCCCCUCAAGAAAAACUUAUUUUGGCAGCUCAUCUCGCAUGCAUCCAUUCCAGGCUAAAAACUUGGCUGCGAGUUAAACUACCGGAUUGUAAUGGAUCAGAGUAUUGUUUAGACAUCACCCAAGCUACAGCGUUGAAAGAUGGCGCUGUUGAAUUGCUGGCUAAAGCUACACUUGCAUCAUAACCAAAAAAAAAAAAAAGUCUGCUUUUAGUUGCUUAAAGCUCCCAGGAAAGCAGAAUUAACGAUAAAUCAUCUCCAGGUGUCAAACUACAGAUUUUGUCCUAAAUUUCUACAGAGAACAAGAGAAGCACCUUCUAGGAGCGCUCUCUGACUAGCUGACAAAGCCACCUCCGAUGUUCAGUCCUCACCUGAACCUGCAAGGUCAGGAACGUUCAAUAACAGCAAACCCACCCAGCACCUUAAACGAAACGCAUCCAUUUCAUCAGUAAAUAAACAGAGCCGAGGUCUUACAUUGUGUAACGAGAAGAAGAGAUUCGCCUCUUGACUCUGAACCCCUCCCAACACCUCUUUCAUUUUUCAUGUGCACUAAUAUUAGAGCGGACUUGCAGGGGGAGGGCGAGAAAGAGGCAGAGUGUGCAUGUUAAGUGUUUGACAGCAGAGGGCAGCGUGUUUCUUUCCAGAAGCCUCCUCGCUGGCUUUAGGCCUGAGUAGAACAAGGACAGGACAAUGACAGAGGGGAGGGGAGGGGAGGGGGGGGCGUAUUCAUCCCCAGUCUUUGCUGUACAAACUUUAAUAAACAGAGACAAGACUAGUGACAUUAAUCUCUGCAUGCAGUCAGGCCCGGUCUCUGUCCAUAACCCAGUUCUCAAGAAAAACAAGGAUGGAGUUUAUUUUAGGGAACACCAUCAGCAUGAAACAUCCCUAUGUACAGAAUAUUUAAAUACAGUGCAUUAUUAUCUUGAACUUAUUUAGAUUCACUGUGUACAUACAGGUCUGACCAUUUCAGGGCACCACUACAUUAUGUUGUAAAGUGUAUGAAAGUACAUGCAGCAUCCAUAGUGGCUUUCAUUAUCCUGUCUGAUUAGACCUCGACUUAGGUGGGUGUUGGCUGGAGCUACAGUUAAAGGGGCAAUUUGUAAUAUUUUGUACUAUGAAAGGACACGAAAAUGAACUUACCGUAUCAACAGAGUGUGAAGAAAUAACAGUGUCAGAGAUGGUGUUGUGUUGUGUUGCAGGGAUAUCUACUGAGGUUAGCACCAAACAGUUGACCCUCUACAAAUAUUUACAACCCUGUGUUACUUAAGAAACAAACAAAAACAUGCUUAGCAGUCAGGGGUGAGGAAUCAUAUUUUAAAACAGUUUCAAUGAUACCAUUAGUUAUGUAUGUUUCUCAGCAUUUAUAUAAAAAAACUUAAAGGGCGAGUAUUUCCCCUGUUCUUUGAGAACACACAUGAAAAGAGCAGUUCUGUCAUGUUCUGGUCAGUUUAACAGACUAUUUAUAAUCCUGUGAAAAUAGACCGUAUGACAAAACAAAUAUGGGAGGUUAUGUCAUGAAUCAUAUCACGCUCCCUGGUUGUUUUAGGCCACGUCCAGACGACAACGCUCGUGGUAUUUUUCUUUUGCAAAUUCUAAACAUUCCGCAUCCAUACACAUAUCAUUUCAAGAAAUAUCAGCAUCCAUGUGGAAACAGGACAACUGGGUUAAAAUGGUGUAAUACCACACCACACCUGUAUAUGAUGAUGUAUGCAAACACAGUCAGAGCUGCAGGAUACACUAAAUUCACAGAAGAACGCCUGCAUCCGGGUCUCCCUUCUAUCAGGACACCGUGGUGGAUUUAAAAAUAUCUGACAUCUGUAUCUGUUUAUGCGUCUCUGCUGGUCGUCGAACUGAUACAAUAUUACCGGAUUUUGUUGUAGUAUUGCUAAUAAACUUAUCAGAGCCUGCAGCACAAACACAACUCUGUAAUCUGCUGUUGUUGUUGUUGUUGUUGUUACCACCAGAGGUUACGUACGGGGUUUUCUCCUUAUUGUCAUGUGGUAUGGCGUCGUUUCCAAAAAGUGGUGUUUUGCUUAUCCACACAAGAUUGAGAUUUUUCCGCUCUGGGACCCAUUCUCAAAAAAUACCAUUAAACAUACGAAAGGCCGAAACAAUAUUCAGUUUUUACAAAUUGCUAUAGCUUCGUUGUCAUGUGGACAGGCUCUUAGUUCCAUGCAGGUUGGGGUUAAACUGGUGGGCAUCACCUACUGUCUUUUCGAAACUCUUGUCAUUGAUGUGGAAUGUGGAAGGACAGGGGAUGAACAGGAAACACGAUGAUAGUUCAACUCUUGCCAAGCGACUGUUAGUGCCACCCGCUCCUGGCAUUAAAUCACACUCGGUGGCGAUGAAAGGAAGUGAGAGGAAUAAAAGCAAAAUGAGAGUUGCAGCUCUGUUGCUUUUUGCAGCUAAAGGCCGUUUUUAUUGAAUAAAGGAUUGAAAUGUGAUGCUAAA